UUUAUAAUAAUAUUUAUAAUUUUAAUAUAUUUUAUCGAGUAAACUAUAGUGUGAUUGUUCGAUAUGGUAACUGCAAACUUUACUCUACAAUGGGAUGUUUCUCAACAAUGUCUUAAUUGUUUCGAUAGAGGAGGGCAGUGCCUUCUACUGCUGCAGUUCACUGGUAGGCCUCAACAUUUGUAUUUUUUACAUGGUGUGGAAAGCGGUAGCAAUCUGUUUAUAGAUCUUUAGUUACUUAGUACUAUUAGCUAGGUUGAUCAGUUUCCUAUAAUAAAGGACUAAAUCUUUACAACGAGGUAGUUAUAAAAAGAUUAGUUUUUUGUUGUUUCACCUAAAAUUUGAAGGCUAAUGUUGAAUUUAUUUGCAGGAAAUAAUAGACUUCAAAAGAUCCUUUUCAUAGGAGGUAUCACCAUAACCGCUUUUACAUCCUCUUUGAUAAUUAUAUUCGUUUCAAUUCGGAGGAAGCGUGCAAAGGUGAAACAAGAGCAUGAUAGAGACAUUGAACUCUUUCUCAAGAACAAUGGCAAUCUUGCACCAAUGAGAUACAAAUACUCUAGUAUCAAGAAAAUGACAAACUCAUUUACUGAAAACUUGGGAAGAGGAGGGUUUGGCAGUGUCUACAAAGGACAUUUUCCCGAUGGUCAUCUUGUAGCAGUGAAGGUCUUGAACGAAUCUAAUGAAAAUGGGGAAGAUUUCAUGAAUGAGGUUGCCAGUAUUAGCAGAACUUCCCAUAUUAAUAUUGUCACGCUUUUAGGAUUUUGUUUCGAAGGUUCUAAAAGAGCUCUCAUUUAUGAUUUCAUGCCUAAUGGAUCUCUUGAAAAGUACAUUUGCAACAAUGCUUCGUCAUCUGCAGAAUCUAGGUUGGAGUGGGAUAAGUUGUUUGAGAUCGCACUUGGCAUUGCUCGAGGGCUAGAGUACUUGCAUCAAGGCUGCAAUACGAGAAUUCUUCAUUUGGACAUUAAGCCUCAGAACAUUCUUCUAGAUAAGGACAUGAAUCCAAGAAUUUCAGAUUUUGGGCUUGCUAAAUUGUGUCCAAACCGAUCGAGCAUAGUCUCUAUGAUGGUGGCAAGAGGCACAAUAGGGUACAUUGCCCCUGAAGUAUUUUCUAGAAACUUUGGGGAAGUCUCUUAUAAGUGUGAUGUGUAUAGUUAUGGUAUGUUGGUGUUGGAAAUGGUUGGAGGAAGGAGAAACAUUGAUCGAAGAGAAGUAGAUCGUACGAGUGAAAUAUACUUCCCACAUUACCUCUACAAGCAGCUUGAGAUGAAUGCAGAAAGAGAUGGAAAUCUUGCUAGAAAUUUCAAUGAAGAAGAUGAAAGCCAGUUUGUAAAGAGAAACUUGAUGAUUGUUGGGUUAUGGUGCAUUCAGACGAACCCUAAGGAUCGACCAUCGAUGAAGAGGGUUGUAGAGAUGUUGGAAGGGAAACUUGGAUCAUUGGAGAUUCCACCCAAACCUUACCUUUACUCUCCACCAAGAGCAGCACCAAGCUAUUCAGCUUCUGAAUCUCUGUAGUAUUUUGCUUGAAUUUGUAUGUUAAAAGUGAAGCUUUAUGUUUUAUAUGCUUCGAAUUGCAUUGGCCUUGUUGAAAAGAAGUAAGUGUGGGUGUUAGAAUA